AUGCCAGAAAAUUUAGAUACAAAGCCUACUUUAUCGGCUGCAAACGAUACUACUACUACUCCUACUGCUGCAACUAAUAAUGCAGAGGGGUUGGCUGAAUCAUCACAUCCUCAACAACAACAAGAUAAAGCAAAUACAUUAAAAACGACGACAGACCAAUCGCCAACAACAGUCGAUAAUAAUUCGCAACAACAACAACAACAACAAUACUAUUCAUCUUCACCAUCAACGUCAACACCUGUCGUUGAAUCGAAACCAAGGAGCAAUAGUAAUAGCGACAUAUUCAAGAUGGAAGACAACCACCAUUUAAUUUUAGAUGAAAUGCUAAGGAAAAAUCCAGGUGGCAUAGCAGACAUGAGUAGUAGUUGUAGUAGCAAUGAAGAAGGUUCUACUAUUUCAUCUUCAUCUUCAUCUUCAUCUUCAUCUUCAUCUUCAUCUUCCUCUAUUCCAACAACAACAACAACAUCGGUGGAUAAUACCAAACCAUUACCAAAUAAUAAUAAUAAUAAUAAUAAUAGUUUGUCAAGACAAUCAUCUUUUGGUGAUGCCAAACCAAUAGUAAUAAUGAAUAAUCAACCACCACAACCUCAACAACAACAAAACUCACCACCACUAAGAACGUCUACAGAUAGUAUGCGUCCUAUUAAUCUUCCAGUUGGUCCUGCUGAUUCAUUUCCAGAGUCUUCCUUACUUACACAUAGAAAGUCGACCAUUGGAUUUAACGAUGGUGAUGGCGAAGACAAUGACGACAAAGAUGAAGAUAGUGGAUAUCACUCACUUUUAUCGUCACCAACAAAUUCCUCCUCUUCCUCCUCCUCCACCUCUCCUUCUUUAAAUCAAACGGAUGCCGACAGACGUAAAUCGACAACCACCACUACAACCACGACGACAACUACAACAACAAAUCCAACAACUCCAAAAAUACCAACAACAGCAACAAAUAAUCCCAAUGAUAAUAACAAUAACAAGAGUGGUAUUAGUAUUACCGAUAGUAACAACAACAAAAACAAAGAGAGUAGUAGUAGCAAAAAAAAAACCAAAGAAAAAGAACCAAACCAAGAAAGAUUGACCAACAUUGUAUAUAUAGUUUUACUUUCAAUGGUAGCAUUUAACAUUUUAGUAUUGGUUUCACAUCGAUUCUUUUCCGAUCUAAGACAUUGGAGUGAUAUCAGUAUCAAUGUUCUUUUUGCUGUCAUUCAUCCCCUUCAUCUUUUAUUUUCAUUGGUACUCUUUCUCUAUCUAUUUCUCAAAAAUAGAGCCCUCAAUAUAUCAUCGGCAUCAUCACCCAAUCGACGUAUUUAUCUUCGACAACACGGUGCCAAUUCAGUGCCAGAACCCUAUCAACAAUACGACUCUGAAUUUUAUAUAGAAUUUACACAUGGACUCACAAAGAUUAUUGCUAGUAUGGCAUUUUCUGGUAUUGUCAAUGUUGUACUUGCCAAAUCUUAUUUUAAACCUACAAAUGAAUUAUUAUAUAAUGAUUCAAUUUUUAAUGUUUGUUCAUCAAUUGAAAUCAUUGUAGUAUCAUGGGUAUUUAAUCUUACUCGGCCAUAUCAAUAUUUUAUUAGUAGUAGUGGUGAUGCAGAUAGUGAAAGUAAUAAGAAAAUUGUUUUGGUCUUUAGAUUCCUUUCUCGCAUCUAUCUAUUUCUUUCAUUUGUCUUUAUCUUUUUGGUGAUUCGAUUCAGUUAUGCGCCAUUUGGAUCAUUGUUUGGACUAAAAGAGGAUUAUAGUACAACUAUACCUUCACUACACAUUCAAACACCAAUACUCAUAGCAGUCUACCUAGUACAACUAUUGAAUAUGCUCAUAAUAUAUCACUUUCAAGCCUCUAAUCAAAUCAAAGCACUCGUCAUCUCUACCAUAUUUAUUCUCUUGACAACUAUUGAUGACUACCAAAUGCCAAUUGAAAUGUAUUCAUCACCAGUAUUUUUAUUGGAGCGUUUGGUUAUGCGUAGAUGGAUGCGAUGUCUUUCUCUUUUGUUUCCCAUUCUUGGUUUGGUUUUUGAUAUGCUAUCCGAUUGGAAACACCUUUCAAUUCGUUGUUCAAAAAGUGAAACUGAAUUGGAUCACCUCAGAGAUGAUAAUAUUGCAAUCAAAGAUAACCUUGGCAAUACUUCACAAAAAUUAAAAUUACAAUCUGAUUUUACUUUAAAUACUAUAUCUCAAAUUCAAAAAAAUGUAAAUUCUUUAACCCCAUUAAUUAGUUUAUUAAAUGAUAUUGGUAUUCAUAGUGGACAAGAACCUUAUAUUAAAAAGAUUAUGAUGUCUCAAGAUAAAUUAAGAACUCUAACUCUUCAAGAUUGUGAAAAAUGUACAUUUAAUUUAGAAAGUUUAUUAGAGGAAGUAAUAUCAAAUCAUACGGUUCGUAAUUAUUUUGAAGAAAGAGAUAUAGACCUUUGUUAUCUUUUAGAUGAUAGUAUACCUAGAUUAUUGGUUGGUGAUGCUAGUAAAUUAAAGAAUAUCUUGUUGAGACUUUUAAGCAAUGCAAUCAAAGCAACCGUUCAAGGUGAGGUGGUAUUAAAAGUAUUUCCAUUAAACAAAAAUGGACCAAUCAUUAAACCCCAUUUGAUGGACCAACUGGAAUCAAAAGGAUCAGAUUCAGAUAUUGAUGAAAUUAAAUUAUGUUUUUCUGUUAUCGAUACUGGCACUGGAGUGGAAGCAGAGCUAUUGUCUCAUCUAUUUGAACCAUUUUCUUUUCUUCAAUAUGGUUAUGAUAGAUAUGGAAAUUCAAGUGAGGUUGGAUUGGGAUUGGCAAUAUGUAAACAAUUGGCAGAGUUGUUAGGAGGAAGUAUAGCCUUUUCUACAGAUAUCAACGUUGGAAGUACUUUUUCAUUGGUGGUUCCAAUGUCGAUUCACAAUAGCACUCAUGCACCUCCACCUCUUCUACUUUCUCGGUCAUCUACUGUAAAACUUAGUAAAUGGGGACUUGGUCACAAAAUAUUAGUUAUCGAUGAUAAUCCAAAUAUUCGUGCUGCAAUAGAGAUGUACUUGUCACCUCAUCAAUUUACUAUUGUUCAUUCACCUACCUACACUCAUUCCAUUUCUUUACUUCAAUCAAAUCAAGAUUUUAGUAUGAUUUUAUUGGAUUCAAUGUUACCAGAGGUUAAUAUUGAAGAAAUCAAAUCAUUAAAGAAUCAAUACAUAAAUGGUAGUGGUACUAAUGGUAAUAAGCCACCACCUUUGGUAUUAAUGUGUACAAGUAAAAGAAGAAAAUUAUAUUCCUAUCAAUCUGUACAUUAUUUAUAUAAACCUAUUAAAAAGGAACAAUUAUUAUUAAUUACACAAACAUUGAUUAGUGGAGAGAAAACAAUUUCCUCUUCCAAUUUGAUAUCUGGAACAAGUGGAGGGUUUUCCAUUACUCCAGACUAUAAAUGUUUUGUGCCUUCCUCUCCUCCCAUGUCAUAUCCUCCACCUCCUGCUCAUACUACACCCUCUCCUCGCAAUACAAUUCAUGAACCACAACAACAACAAACUCAACAACAACAACAACAAACUCAACAACAAACUCAACAACAACAACAACAACGUAUUUUACCAUCACCUAGGUCAUCACCCAAUUCACCUACACAACCGUUAUCUCCACCAUUGUCAACGAGACCAUCAUCCAUUUCAUUUGAUUCACAAACCCCUCUCAUAUUUAAUUCACUCGAGGGAUGUAAACGAAGUAAUUCCGUUCCAAACCCAUUACGGACAAGUACCCAAUCUCGACAAAUUUCAUUAUCAAAUCUUAAAAGAGAUGGCACAAGUUAUACUUAUGCAACCAUACCUUCAUCGCCAGCAAUGUCGAUGUUUAGUAAAUCAUCACUACAACAACAAUUCCAACAAAUUCAUAUCAUUCAACAACAACAACAACAACAGCAACAACAGACUAGACAACCACCUACAAUUGAUCAUUAUGUUCCAUUGACACCAACAACGACACCAACGACAUCACCCAAUCUUUUUAGUGCUACCAAUAAUAAUACUAUAAUGAAUGGGACACCACCACCUAGUGAUCUUUGUUUGGCUAGUGACCAACAUCAACAAACACCACCACUUAUUCCAGCACCUGUCACCACUAUUACAAAGACAGAGACUACCAACAACUUGUCUCCUGCCAAUGCUCCCAUUCUGGCAUCUGCUGGUGCUGUUGAUUCGCCGGCACUCGUUACUACAACCACUACAACCACUACAACCAGCAAUCCAAUCCCUCCUACUCCUCCUACAGUGACUGAUGUUGUAGAAGAUAAAUCACAAGUUCAACAUUCAACUAACCCUCCACCACCACCAACACCAUCUCACAUGGAACACCAACAUCAUCAUCAUCACCAUCAACAUAAUAAUCAUAAUAAUAAUCACAACAAUAUUAAUAUAGCAUCAUCACCAAAGUUGACUGCAGCAGAACCAGCAUCAGAGUUGUCCAAUUCAUCUACUGCCAUACCUCCACCCCAGUCAACACAACAGAAACAAUUGGGAGAUGGUAGUGUUGCUAGUAACACUCCUCCUCCAAAUAUCAAUGGUGAGAAUAGUAAUAAUAAUAAUAAUAACAACAAAAACAAUCAAAACAUUAGUAUUCUAUUGGUAGAGGAUAGUGUAAUCAAUGCAAAGAUUGCAAUGACAGUGCUAAAAAAACACAACUUUAAAGUGGAACUUCAAAGCAAUGGUCAAUUGGCACUAGAUCGUAUCAAAUCUGGACACUCUUCAUUUGAUCUUAUAUUGAUGGACAUUCACAUGCCUGUGAUGGAUGGACUUACAUGUGCGAGAAUGAUUCGAAGAUUUGAAGGUGACCACAAACUUUUCUCACUUCCCAUUAUAGCUCUCACAGCCGAUAGUUCGGCGGGACACAAAAACACAUGUCUCGAUGCAGGAUGCAAUGAAUUUAUGUCAAAACCAUUGGAUUAUAUACAGUUGGUUAGCCUUUUAAAGAAAUUAUUAGAUAAUAGUAAUAGUAAUAGUAUUCUAUUGAAUGAUGCCCAACAACAAUCUAAUAAUUCAUCAUCAUCAUCCACUGUAAAUAGUAGUAUUAGUAGUAUUAGUACCACCAAUUCAACGAGUACAGCUUCAAUAUCUGUUAAUUCUUCAUCUUCAUCUUCUUCAUCCUCAUCCUUGUCAACAGCAACAAUGAAUAAUAAUAAUAAUAAUAAUAAUAAUAAUAAUAAUAAUAAUAAUAAUAAUAAUACGUCGAUCAACAACAAUAAUAAUAGUAUGAAUGAUUAUAAUAGUCCAACUGCAAGACAAUCACCCACGUCUUCAACCACAACUACAACAACAACAACGACAUCACACGAUCAAUAA